UCCUCCACCGAUUUAUUUAGUCGCACGGAAUUUUUUAAUUUAUGAUACAGAUGUUUAUGACUGUCCGAUCAUAAAUCUGAUGAGGAAAAUGAAAAAGGUAAUCAUGCGACUAAUGAUUAGGGUGAAUUUCUGGAUGGACCCACAGUAAAGCGAUGAUUAUUCUUUGUUGUACUGAUCGUACUGUUUUAUUGCUGUGAGUGUGUGACAAGUGGAGACGUACACUGCUCAGCUGCAGUUUUUGUUUUUAUUAUUCUGAAAAAUAAAAAAGUAAACAAAAGAAGAAAGAAAAGAAUCAGAAAUCCAGGGAUCGAUAACUUUGUUUCUAUUUAUUAAAAUAGAAAAGAAACUGAUUUAAUGAAUCAUCUAAUGGCUAGAUCAAGCCAAUUGAUGUUGAUUAAGGAGUUCAAUUACUAAGUUUAGUUUACUGAUUUCAUUGAAUUGAAAUCCACUAGAUUGUGAAUUUUGUGAAUUGAUCUAGCAAUUCAAUGUGUAUAGUGGUGUUUAUAUGGCAAGCUCAUCCACGCUAUCCACUACUUCUCUUGUUAAACAGAGAUGAAUUUCAUGACAGACCUACUAAACCAAUAUCAUGGUGGGAAGGUGAUGAAAUAGUGGGUGGAAAAGAUGAAUUGGCAGGGGGGACAUGGUUAGCUUGUUCAAGAAAAGGUAAAUUAGGGUUUCUUACUAAUGUCAUGGAACCUCCACCAUAUCCUGAGAGGAAAAGCAGAGGAGGAUUGAUUAUGAAAUUUUUAGAGAGUGAUAAAAGUCCCGAGGAAUUUGCUAAUGAAGUGAUAAAGGAGGCAGAUGAGUAUAAUGGGUUUAAUCUGGUACUAGCAGACAUCCAUUCCAAAGUCAUGGUAUAUGUCACCAACAGGCCUAAAGCAGUGCGUGUUUCUGUUCAAGUGGUUUCACCUGGUAUACAUGUGCUUUCAAAUGCACAAUUAGACUCUCCCUGGUUUAAGACUGAACGUUUGGGGCAAAACUUCAAAGAACUACUUGAUAAACAUAGUGAACGCGGUGGUGAGGUUCAGUUGAAAGAGAUGGUGAAAGAACUGAUGAGGGACACUGUUAGAGCAGAAAGUAGUAGGUUACCUGGCAUACGUCGUCCCGAAUAUGAACUCCCAGCAAGCUCUAUAUUCGUCGAAUGUGAUACCCCAAUGGGCCGCUACGGGACUAGAAGCACGGCUGCUUUGUCUGUGACAGCAACUGGUAACAUAAGCAUUUAUGAAGAAUAUCUUGAGAAGGAAACAUGGAAGGUACAGACAGUGGAGUACCAGAUAGAGAAUGUAAAAGGAGCCAAGAAUGUAAAAGGAGCCAAGCUGCCAAAGUAGUUGACAGCAGUCUCGAGACAUCUGCCUCUUCCUUGACUACUUGAACUAGACAUGAUUUCUAACUCUAGUGGUGUUUCCAUGGUCUGGUUAAACUUAGGUUCUUGUAACAUAUUUGUUGUAUUCUCUGUAUUCUAUAGUCAUAGAUCAUCUGGAUUCUGGACAAAAUUUGUUGUAUUUUUAAUUUGACGUCUCUCUUCUUGAGAGAGGAAAAGCAAUAAAAGAAUUCUUGCCA